AUGGCACUCAUUCGUGCGACCCACCUCCCCCUCCUCGUCUUCGUCUUCUUUGCUUCAACACCAUUCGCCACAUCAUGCUCUCAACCACCUGAGGAGGGUCAUAAUAAUGUCACGGCCGGCGACAUCGACUGGUGGUGCGACACAACACCGCAUCCUCAGCCGUGCAAGUAUUUCGUGCUCCACGCCCGCGACAACCACUUCAACUCGUCCAUGCAAAGAUCUGGUUUUCGGAAAAUGGCCGUCGACCUGGCCAUGCAACGUGCCCUCAAGGCUUAUAAGCAAAUCCUCCAUCUCCGAUCCGAUUUGGUCGACCACCGCCAGCGCACCGUCUGGGUGGACUGCCUGAAGCUCUACGACAACACUCUCCUCCAGCUGAACCGGACUCUUCAGGGCCUCCUCGGGUUGAACCGGACCUGCACCGACUUCGACGUCCAGACCUGGCUCAGCACUGCCCUCACCAACAUCGAGACCUGCCGGCUCGGGUCACAGGACCUGAACGUCUCGGACUCCCUCGUGAUGCCUGCCUCAUCCGCCAACCUGUCGCAGCUCCUUAGCAACAGCUUGGCCGCCAACGAGGGAUUGCUCGGAUCGGAGCGGCCUGAGACCGAGUACGAGGAGUUCCCAAGCUGGGUUACCGAUGACGAGAGGAAGCUGCUUCAGUCAACAUUGCUGGCUGCGAGGGCGAACCUUGUGGUGGCUAAGGACGGCUCGGGGAACUUCCGGACUGUCCAAGCGGCGAUCGACGCGGUGGCCAAGCAGAGGUCAAUGAGCUCGAGGUUCAUAAUUUACGUGAAGAAAGGAGUUUACAGAGAGAACAUAGAGGUUGGGAUUAACAACAACAAUAUUAUGCUGGUGGGCGAUAGUAUGAGAAAUACCAUUAUUACGAGUAGUAGGAGCGUCGGAGGAGGUUUCACCACCUACAGCUCUGCCACUGCUGGAAUAGAUGGCCUUCACUUCAUCGCUCGCGACAUCACAUUUAGCAACACGGCAGGACCGCUGAGGGGACAGGCCGUGGCGCUCCGAUCAGCCUCGGAUCUCGCCAUUUUCUACCGCUGCGCCAUCCAAGGAUACCAAGACACGCUCUUCGUCCACUCUCAGCGACAGUUCUAUCACGACUGCUACAUUUAUGGCACCAUAGACUUCAUAUUCGGGAACGCGGCGGUCGUAUUUCAGAACUGCAUGAUCUACGCUCGAAGGCCGCUGAAGGGCCAAGCAAACGUGAUCACCGCGCAUGGCCGAAAUGACCGGUACCAGAACACGGGGAUUGUGAUACAGAACUCACGGGUUUUGGCCGCACCGGACCUUCUUCCGGUGGUCCGUGCGUUCAAAACGUACUUGGGCCGACCGUGGCAGCAAUACUCUCGGACCGUCUACCUAAAAACCUACUUGGGGUCUUUGGUGAGCCCGGUGGGCUGGUGCUCGUGGGGCGAUUCUAAUUUUGCACAGAGCACGGUUUAUUACGGAGAGUACCAGAACUUUGGACCUGCAUCUUCCACGAGAUAUAGGGUUCGAUGGCCGGGUUAUCAUGUCAUAACGAGCGCGAACGUAGCGUCCCAGUUCACCGUGAGCCGCCUCAUUGCCGGCCAGUCGUGGUUACCAGCAACAGGCCUUCCAUUUACCCCAGGUCUUUGAUGGAUGCCUUCUCAUUGUAAACUUGUUUUAAAAUAUAAUUCU